AUGGCAAAUUUUUGGUGGGGGUCGAAUGAGAAUGGAUCGAAAAUACAUUGGAGAGCUUGGAAUUUACUGUGUAAAUCUAAAAUAGAUGGUGGAAUGGGUUUUCGAUCUUUUGAACAAUUUAAUCAAGCAUUGUUGGCGAAGCAAGCAUGGAGGUUGUUGGAAAAACCAGAUUCACUUCUUAGAAAUUUACUCAAAAGUCGUUACUUUCCUCACAAUGAUUUCUUACAUGCUCCUCAUGGUCACAGCCCCUCUUUAACUUGGCAAGGAAUCAUUUGGGGACGUGAGUUACUCAUUAAAGGUUUUCGUUGGAAAAUUGGUGAAGGAAGACAGAUUCGGGCUGCACUUGAUCCUUGGAUACCUGGACAAGAUACUUUCACUCCCAUUCAUUUUUCUGGUCCUGCAGAUACAAUGGUUAGCUGUUUAAUUACAGAUGAACGAGUUUGA